UCUGACUCCUUUGUGCCCCCAUCAGAUCUGGCAGGUGGUGGAAGGGGGGACAUAGGCUGUACCCACGGUGGGGGCAGCAACAGCAUGGGUGUCUUCACUGACGCUGGACUACUGUUUUACUCUAACACUGGUGGAGCCACCUCUUCUAGACAAGGCAUGCAGUGCCCAGGGAGGUCCAGAAGGAGGCGCUCUGCUGAGAUGUUGCAACGCAGAACUCUACUGGAGAACCACUACAGAGAGAAGCUGUUGCGUCAGUGUUGUAAGGAUGGCCUGAGAGAGAUCCCCAUGCCUUACUCCUGCACCCGACGCUCCCUCUACAUCACUGAGGGAUGGGAAUGUAUCAAGGCCUUCAGGUACUGCUGCUCCAAGUACAGGGGAGAGGAGUUUGACACCAGACUACCCCCUACCACCACCAUACCCCCCACCACCACCAUACCGCCUACCACCACAGCUCUACUCAGGCUGACCCUGGACAGACGCAUUUCCCCCCAGAUACAUAGCAAACAAUUUGUCAAUUAUGGGAUUUCAAGAGUCCUUGGACCCCUCGACCCCCCCAUCCCGGUCUUAGUCCUGGACCCCUCGCCCCCUCCCGUCUUGGACCCGUUCUUAGUCUUGGACCCCCCCCUCCCGGUCUUAGUCUUGGACCCCUCGCGGCCCCCUCCCGGUCUUAGUCUUGGACCCCUCUUAGUCUUGGACCCCUCGGCCCCCCGUCCUGGACCCCCUCGCCCCCUCCCGGUCUUCUUGGUCUUAGUCCUGGACCCCUCGCCCCCUCCCGGUCUUAGUCCUGGACCCUCGCCCCCUCCCGGUCUUAGUCUGGACCCUCGCCCCCUCCCGGUCUUGACCCUUCCCCCCUCCCGGAGAAAGAUUGGGCCUUCCAGUGAUAAUGGGAUCCAAACCUGUUCUGGAAGGACAGAGAGGGUCUUUGCUGAGGAAGAGGAGGAGGAAGAGGAGGAUGACUUUAUGGAGGAGAGUGAUGUGAUAGUAAGGUCUAAGUUCUAUGAGUCAUGGCUGUGGAAAGACCUGCCGCUGCCCAGUGUUCCUGAGGACAGCAGAGACGGGUUGUCAACGCUGCAUGUGGAAUCCAUCUUCCCAGACACGAUCACCCAGUGGGUACUAGCCAUCAGCUCCUCACCUGUAACAGGUUUCUGCGUAGCCGAGCCAUGGAACGUGCGUGCGUGGAAGCGUUUCUUCGUGGACCUGAAGCUGCCGUACUCAGUGGCGAGGAACGAACACGUGGAGAUCAAAGCUGUGCUCCAUAACUAUGGCAACGAGGACAUGGAGGUUAAGGUGGUGCUACUGAAGACAGAGGACAUGUGCAGUGUGGCGUUCAAUGGGAAACACACCCAGGAGGUGAGGUUGAAGGGCAGCUCGUCCCUGGUGGUUCCCUACACCAUCAUACCGCUCAAGGCCGGAGAGAUGCUACUGGAGGUCCUUGCCAUGGCCAAAGGGUUUAUGGGUAGCGACGGGGUCAAGAAGAAGCUACGCGUGGUGGUGGAAGGAGUGCAGAAGACUAAAGUGCAGAGUUUUGUAUUGAAUCCUUCUGCCAAGGGAGGGAAUGAUGGGAGGCAGGUAGUGGAGGUGAACAAAGUGGAGCUGGGCUCCCUGGUUCCAAACUCUCAACCAGAGACAUUCAUCAACAUCAGGGGUAACCUGUUGGCUGAUACCAUAGACAACAGUAUCAGCGGUGACUCGCUGGCCUCUUUGAUCCGUAUGCCUGGUGGCUGUGUGGAACAGAACCUCGCCAGCAUCACCCUGCCUCUUAUAGCCACUGUCUACCUGGACCAUUCCAACGACUGGGAGGCUGUAGGGGUGCAACGCAGGGUGGAGGCCAUGAACUACAUACAGAAAGGCUACCAGAAGCAGCUGGUGUAUAAGAAGAAAGACGACUCUUACCCCUACAGGAAUGAAGGCACAAGCACAUGGAUCACAGCGUAUGUAGUGAAGGUGUUCUCUAUGGCUCGUCAGCUGAUAGGAGUGAGUGAACAGGAUGUGUGUGGUCCUCUCCUCUACCUGCUCAACAACAAACAGCAGACCACUGGAUCUUUAGAGGACAACCCUGUCUACACUACUACUAUGACAGGUGGAGUACAAGGUGCAGAGUCUCAGUCCACUCUGACAGCCUUUGUCCUGAUAGCCAUGACUGAAGCCACCAAGGGUACAGAACUCAACUGCAAUGGAGCUGGCCACACCAUCAAGAAUGGGAUCCAGAAUGCUGCCAACUAUCUGAGGAGCACGUAUGGUAGUCUGAAGAGGCCCUACUCUCUGGCCAUCUCUGCCUACGCUCUGUCUCUGGUUGACGAGACACCUUCAAUGUUCUUAAAAACCCUGCUACUCAAAGCUGCCUCUCCAGACGGUACCCAUUGGCCAGACAGUGAGAACCGCCUGUUCACUCUGGAAGCGACGGGCUACGCCCUGCUAGCCCUGGUUAAGAGUCGUCACAUGACUGAAGCCGCCGCACCUUUCCAGUGGCUCAAUGAGCAGCGCCGCAGGGGCGGGGGCUACGGAUCCACCCAGCCCACCAUGGUUGUUCUGCAGGGUCUGUCUGGGUACCUGAUAAAGAAACCUCCCAAUGACCUGAGUCUCCAGGUGGACCUGAGCAUCCAGGGCCGCAGCGACCAGCGCUACCACUUCGACCCCAGGACCUCCUACGUGGCACGCUCCUCCAGGGCUCCUAUAGACCAGGGAUUCAGAGUGGAGGCCAAAGGGAAGGGACAAGGUAUACUAGAGGUGGUGACCUACUACAACGAGCUCCCUGAGGUGCAUGAGAAGAGCAGCUGCAAGAACUUUGAUUUGGACGUGACCAUCGCAGAAUCUAGUGAAAAGCCUCCACCAGAUGCAGAGAAGUCCUACACGAUCACUAUUAAUGUCAGGGCACUGGGACUAAGGGAGGUCAGGAUGGUUGUUCUGGACAUCAGUCUUCCUACUGGGUUCGUCCCAGAGAAUGAAGAUCUGGAGAUGCUGACCAACUCAGUGGACCGUUACAUCAACAACUUCCAGAUAGUGGACAACCUGAGUGACAGAGGCUCCCUCAUCAUCCACCUCUUCAAGGUGUCCAACAAGGAGACUGAGACCAUCAUCUUCCGACUGCAGCAGACGUUCAAAGUGGGACUCCUCCAACCUUCAUCUGUCACUGUCUAUGAGUACUACAACCCAGACCACCGCUGCAGUCGCUUCUACAGCCCCAAAGAGGACAAGGACGAACUCUCACAGAUCUGCAGGAACAAUAUAUGUCGCUGUACACAGGGUGAUUGCUGUGUGUCUAAGACCCUAACCGAUCCAGUCCCCUAUGGAGCACGAGAGGACCACGCAUGCAAAGGAUUAUACCACGUGUACAAGGCCAAGGUCCUGAGUGUCAGCCAGAGUCAGUAUGACAGAUAUGAGAUGAAGAUCACACAGGUUAUAAAAAUAGGAGUGGAGGAGGGGGUCAGUGUGGGUGACACUAAGGUCUUCCUGUCCCAUGCUGGCUGUAGAGGAGGUCUGGACCUGAAGGAGGGUACAGACUACCUCAUCAUGGGGCCAAAAACUGACCUCUGGUACAAGGACAGCUCCACCAACAGUGCCACAUACAUGCUGGGCAAGGAUGCCUGGGUAGAGCGUUGGCCCACCUCAACAGAGUGUGCUAGUGAUGCCAGGUGCACAGAGCUGGACAACUUCAGCAAGGACCUCUCAGAGAAGGGAUGUCGGUUUAAAUAGACUCACUCACUCACUCACUCACUCACUCACUCACUCACUCACUCACUCACUCACUCACACUUUGCCUAUGAGCUGCCAUGUAGCUUUACACCUCUGGAUGCACUGGUUCAGCAGAAACUGUCACCAUUUGAGCCAUGCAGUCGACAUAUACUGCUCUGUUGUAUAAUCACCAUGGUAACCAUUAGAGGAAAAUGGACAUUAGAAUUAGAAAGCGUAAAAACAUGACAGACUGGUGUUAAGCCUGGGUGGGUCUAGGAUUGUGUUACUGGGAGCUCAGCGAUUCGGCACAGCCAGGGCUACUUGAUAUGGCAUACAAUCACAACACACACACUCACACGAUGGGAACUCGCUCAGGUGGCACUCGGUGCAGUGGAAUAUUGUCUCACUACUGUGUAGAAUGCAUUAGUGUUCCUGGAUGUUCCACAUAGAGAGAAUAACAGAAUACAGAACACCAGGGAGAUUCUCAGUACAAUAAUAGAAUACAGAACACCAGGGAGAUUCUCAGUACAAUAACAGAAUACAGAACACCAGGGAGAUUCUCUGUACAAUAACAGAAUACAGAACACCAGGGAGAUUCUCAGUACAAUAACAGAAUACAGAACACCAGGGAGAUUCUCAGUACAAUAACAGAAUACAGAACACCAGGGAGAUUCUCAGUACAAUAACAGAAUACAGAACACCAGGGAGAUUCUCAGUACAAUAACAGAAUACAGAACACCAGGGAGAUUCUCAGUACAAUAACAGAAUACAGAACACCAGGGAGAUUCUCAGUACAAACCCUGUAUUGAGUUUUGAAUUAUUCACAGCCUUCUCUUUCUCAUACAGUUUGAUUACUUGCCCGUGUUGUAGAUUGCAGUACUUUAUUCCCAUCGUUGCCACAGAUUUGCAAACAUAAUGAUCAACCCAUAUUCUGCUCUAAGAAAAUAAAUUGAUGUGUUGUGGUUGG